AUGCAUUUGGUGGGAAACAUGUGCGUGAAUUACGAUUGUAAACAAACAAAUAUAAACAAUUGUAAAUAUUUGUAAAUAAUAAAAGUGCGCCAUGGCACCACGUUCUGUUAAGGCGGUCAAUAAAAACAAGAAAGAUUUUAUUGAAAAUAAAAUCACAGAGGAAUUUAUGGAUAUUGAUGCUAAUGACAGUGAGAUAAAAAAUGACAAGGAAACAUCAAACAAAAUACCUAAAGUAACAUACGAGGAUGAAGUACAAAAGUAUUUAGAAUGCACAACUGCAAAAAUCACAACACGUUUGCGGCAUAAUUUGUUACCAGCUUUAAGUUCUUCAAAAACGCCAUUAAGUGACUACAAUGAAUUAAAUAAUUAUCCUAUUUGUUCCAUAUCUAUACCGUGCCCAAUCUAUAUAACACCUAAACAUUGUGAACGUAUUGAUAUAUGUUUUUUACGUACAUUAACCCGCAGACAAUAUAUAAAAAAGGUGCUAAUGACACGCACCCGAUAUCAAACUGCAUGCAGAAAGCAUCCUGUAAUGAAGAGUUUGGAAAAAGAUGAUAUACAUCACGCAACUGUUUUCGAUUUGGCAGAGUAUAUAGAACGGCAUCCAGAUCCAUAUUUUCAUGGAAGUUAUGACUUUUACUAUUCCGGUGGCAAUCUAACUGCAAUGCAUGAAAGCGAAAAUAUUAUACACGUAGAAGGCAAAGACUUAAGGAAUUUGAAUAUAUCGAAAUUUAAUAAUAGUGAUGGGACUUCAGUUGCACCCGUAAAAAUGGUUGCAUCGCAUUUGUUUGAUCCUGAAAGUGAAAUAUUUGAGGUGCAGCCAAUGCUGAAUUUUAAUAAUGAUCGUCCUAAUUGCUUUGCUGUACGACAACGUACGACAAUAACAUUACGUAGAUUAAAAUCUGAAUCUAAAAUAAAAGCGAUCACACAAUUUAAAAGCGGUAGAACUCCAUUUAUAAGUUUAGCACAAGAUACCACUGACACAAAUAAACUACUAGUUACUAAUAUGAAGCAACAAAUAAGAUUGUAUGAAUUAAGCAAAUCGACACCAAUCCAACAACAGUUAAUUCAAUUUCCUGGUUUGGAGUAUAUAAACUGGAAUACAAUUAAAUCCUUUCGAGAACAUACAUUUUUAUAUGCAAAUCAAAGGCAUCUCAUUACGUUGGACAUACGCAUUCCUUCUAGAGAUUGGAGAAAAUAUUCCUGCACUAUGUCAACUCCUGGUUACGACUGUGAUCUAAUAUCUUCAAUAGCAAAAAGUGAUUUUAAAAAUUUUAUAUAUGUGGGUACAGCACAUAAAUUGCAUUGUUUGGAUGCGCGUUUCAUUAAACAUGAGUUCGAUAAACAAACCAUUUCUACUUGGACUCAUCAAAUGGAAUAUGCACCACUGCUUAUAGACACAUUACGUUGGGCUAACAGUGAAUUAAUUGCACUUUCAAGUGCAUUACCCAAUGACUUACGCAUUUGUGAAUUAACACGUAAACGUAAUUUAUCUGAUACCUCCUUAAGAAAAGCUUCUAAAAGUAUUUAUAGAACGCAUUGUUUACCUUAUCUGCCGCCAACACUACAAGAAGCAUAUGAGCAUGCACGUCUAGCGGGAAAAUGUUUACAACCGGAUGCUGAUCUUAAAAACCGAAAUAAUUGUUGCACAACGGGUCUUAAAUUCUAUGAACCGCAACAAUUAGAUGCAACGAUUCCUUUGGAUGUUUUUCUGUUGACUUCAAAUUCCAAUGGAGAUGUAUUUGCUCACAAAAUCACAGAAAGAGAAUCUCAAGAUUUUGAGCCACGUUGUAGUGCGUACACAGACAAAAUAAUGUGUAAAUAUGAGAAAGAAAUCUGUAAAUUAACUCAACCACCACUACAAUUUACCGAAGUGGUUAAUAUGCAAGCUAUGAGUAAAGUAUUUCGUUGCGAGACUUUAACUACUCUUCCAACCGAUCCGAAUGAUGAUAUCAACGUUGUAAGUAAAAAACGAUAUGCGAAGGGACGUUGGCAGAAGCCUGUGUCAACACUUCAUACAUUUAAGGAUGCUUUAGUUAAGGAUUUACUUUCCAUUUGGGAUAUCAAAUAUGAAGAAGAACAUAAAUUUGCAUUGGAUAAGUCGCUAUUUCCGAAAGACCCCAGUAAAACAAUUGUUAGCAAUUGGCUUGAAACUCAAGAUCAACCGCCGGUUGUAACAACUAUACCAAUUGAUAAUAUAUCCACACUGAUAGAACCCAAGGAGGAAUUUAUAAGCUUAAGCGAUAGUUUUGAACCUUCAUUUGCAUUGAAUCAAGAAUUUGCACAAUCCACACAAGUUGUUAAUGAAAAAGAUGUGUCAGAUAUGCAAAAUGAUUCUACGUUCUUGCUGCAGGACACGUCGUUUAAUGUGUCAGAUAAACCAAAAUUAAAAUCUUCGAAAAAGAAGCGAAAAUACGUUAAAGGAUUCUAGUUCAUUUGUGUCGUCAUAUAAAUACGUAUCUUUAAUUUUAUUUGUACUUUUAGCAUAAAUACCAUAAGAGUUAUUAAAUUUAUUUU